AUGAUACGGACGGAGACCGCUCGGUCAUUGCCAACCCAACUGAUUUAUUUAACGAAAAGUGAUGACAUCGAGACAUAUUUUUUGGUAUUUGAAUGUACCGCGAAACAAAGCGCAUGGCCAAGGUCGGAGUGGCGGUACCUACUGGCUCCCUACCUGAAGGGGAUAGCGCAGAGGGCUUACUAUGAUUUAACCAAGCAGCAGGUCGCCAACUAUGACGUUCUAAAAAAAGAGGUGUUUAAACGCUACUGCAUAUGGAAGUUCGAUACAGAAGUUCGAUACAGAAAAGCCUCCAAGAACACAGGCAUUCGAGGCAUGGAGCAAGAAAACUCAUGCCCUAAACAGAGCUAUUCAUUGGCUGUUCGUGUUUUUAUGUAUGUAAUACUGUGUAUAUUAAUCACAUUCACUGUUUGUGGAAAUUUGCUAGUAAUCAUUAUUAUAUCUCAUUUCAAGCAGCUUCAUACUCCAACAAAUUACCUCACUCUUUCUCUGGCAGUUGCUGACUUUCUCCUUGGUGGGCUCGUAAUGCCACCCAGUAUGAUCAGAUCAGUUGAAACAUGCUGGUAUUUUGGUGAUUUUUUUUGCAAGUUUCAUACCAGUACAGACAUUAUGCUGUGCUUAUCCUCAAUUUUGCAUCUGUCCUUCAUUUCAGUCGAUCGUUACUAUGCAGUAUGUUUUCCUCUUAUAUACACUGCCAAAAUUAAUGUAGGUCUUGUAGGCAGAGCAAUUUUUCUUAUUUGGUGUUGCUCAGCUGCAUAUGGAUUUGGAAUAGUAUUCUAUGGAAUAAGUAUGAAGAAUGCUGAUUCCUUUUCUGACCAAAGUUUAUUUUGCAUUGGCGGCUGCUUUGUAGAGCAUACCUUGGUAACCACUGUGAUCAAUUCAUUAGUUGGAUUUGUUAUCCCAGCUUUUAUCAUAUUAGGUAUUUAUCUAAAGAUCUUCAUUAUAGCAAAGAAACAAAUCAGAGCUAUUAAAAAAACAAUUGACAAAAAUUCUGCAUCAAAACAAAGAGAAAGAAAAGCAGCAAAAACAUUGGCAAUAGUUAUAGGUGUAUAUAUUACAUGCUGGACACCAUAUUCCUUAUGGAGUAUGAUGUAUUCUUUUUCUAAUAAUUUAACUCCGGCUUCCGUAAUUGACACUUUAGUCUGGUUUGCAUACAUCAACUCCACUUGUAACCCUUGCAUUUAUGCCUUUUUUUAUAACUGGUUCAGAAAAGCUCUCAGAAUCAUUGUGUGUGGAAAUAUUUUUAAUAAUCACUCUGCAUGGACAAUUCUUUAUACUGACUAA